UAAGCCCAAGACAGCAUAGAAUGACCCAAACCCUGACCUUUCUGUUCCCUCCACUUUAUUACCCUAUACUCUCCUUUUGCCAAUUGCCUUUUUAAUUCUCCACUUUCCAAAACCUCCAGUUUAUUAUUUCCAAUAAUAAUUUUCUCUUAAAAUCUUUGAGAAACCAAAAGAAGAAUUCUACACCAUUUCUGAUUUUCCAUAAAUUAAUUGCCCUUUUCUUGGGCAUCAAUCUGCCGCCAUUAGCAGAGAAAAUGGACAGAAUGAUUGAAAAAGCAAAGGAAGAAUUACAAAUGCUUGAAACUGAUCAUCCUAAUCGUUUUGAUUACCUUAAAAACGAGCUUAAAUCAUUUAUCACUCUUCUAGAAUCUCAAAUUCUUCCUGAACCUUUGCCUACUACUUCAUCUGCCACCACUCAAGCAUCAACAAGUAUGAAGAGGAAAAGGGUCAGUUUGAAAAGGAGGAAGGUGGAAAAUGGAAGAUGGGAAAAUGAUUAUAGUAAAAUUGAAUAUAAUAAUAAAAAGGUAACAAGUCAUAGAGAUAGGGUUGAUGUCGUUCUUGAAAAGGCUCAAGCUUGUUUGUGUAAGAUUCAGGAGUACAAAUGUAGUAUGGUCUUUGCUAAAUAAAAAUUAAAAACUAAGCUUGUUUGAGCGAGGUUUCAAUUCGAUAGAACGUUUCUCUUUACAUAUUUAAAGGAAAAGAUAAAAAAAUAAAUUGAAUUAACAUUGUUUUGAAUACAACAAUUUUUUGUAACAAGUUGUAUGCUCAAUCUUUGUGUUUGCUUAGUGCUACUUUGCUAGAUUGUGUUCUUGGCUUCUUGCCCUUGUUGCGGUCAUUGAGUGGUCACAUCGAUAACCUUUUGGGUUCUUGGGUUGACUGGGUCUUUUGAUUAAUCCAUAACGAAAUGAAAUUGAUACACAUUUUACGAAUGGUUGGAGCAUUCCGAGGCUCCUAGCAUAUUAUAACUAUUGGAGCAAUAAUGUAACGUUUUGGAAUUUGUAUGCUAAAGUGCCCAAUUAAUUAGAAGACUGAGUAAUAUGCUAAUUGAUGUAUAGAAGUUACUUGUGGGCUACAUAAGAACAAGUGAGUCCUACAUAGUACUCCCUUUGUUUGUUUUUUUUUUUGUUUUUUUAAGUGCCUCAUAGUGACAUGAUAUAUAUGUCAAAGUAAGUCUAAUGAAUAGUGCUAAA